AUGGCGCCUCAGUUCCUGUCUGGCGAUAAUGCCGCCAUUGAGGAGUUCUUGUCCAGAUUCGACGUCUUCUUGUUCGACUGCGAUGGCGUCCUCUGGUCUGGCGAUCACCUUUUCGAGAGAGUACCUGAGACCAUUCAGAUGCUCAGAAGCAAAGGAAAACAGCUCGUUUUUGUCACCAACAACAGCACAAAGUCGCGCGCGGAUUACAAGAAGAAGUUCGACAAGCUGGGUAUACCCGCUGAAGUGAACGAAGUCUUCGGAUCCUCGUACAGUGCGGCCGUCUACAUCAACCGCAUACUCAAGCUUCCCGCCCCGAAGAACAAGGUGUUCGUCCUCGGAGAGUCUGGCGUUGAGCAGGAGCUCGAAGCGGAGGGUGUUCCAUACAUCGGUGGCACCGACCCAGCCUUCCGUCGUGACAUCGAGCCUGAGGACUUCACAAACAUCGCAAAUGGCACCAUGCUUGACCCAGACGUUGGCAUUGUGCUGAGCGGUCUCGACUUCCACUCAAACUAUCUCAAGACGGCGAUCGCUUUCCAGUACUUGCAACGGGGUGCAAAGUACUUGGCCACAAACAUUGACAGCACGCUACCCAUGUCGCAUACACUCUUCCCUGGAGCCGGAUCAUCUGGUGCUAGCUUGGCGAAGGCAAUUGGAAGGGAGCCGCUCUCUCUGGGUAAGCCAAGUCAAGCCAUGAUGGAUGCCGUCGAGGGCAAAUUCCAGUUUGAUCGCAGCAGGACAUGCAUGAUUGGUGACAGACUGAACACAGACAUUCAGUUCGGCAUCGACGGUAAGCUAGGUGGGACACUUGCUGUCCUUACUGGUGUAAGUAAGAAGGAAGACUUCCUCGCCGAAGGUGCGACUACAGUGCCUACAGCCUACGUCAAUGCUCUUAGUGAUUUGAUGGGUUAA